AAAAUAGUUGGAGGAACCAACACAUCAGAAUGUGAACUACCAUGGGUUGUUGGUAUCAGACGUAAUGGUGUAUUUAUUUGUGGUGGUGCUAUUGUCAGUAAAUAUCACAUAAUUACGGCUGCACAUUGUGUCAGUUCCGAGAAUACGUAUAGCGUUGAAAUCUCUAAAUGGGGGACAAAUAGUGUACAAGAUAGAUUUUGGCAACUUAUUCCAGUUACAAAAAAGGUUAUUUUUCCAGCUUUCGACUCCAUUCGAUUACUCAAUGAUAUAGCAGUUCUUACUUUACAAAGACCAGUUUCCUUCGGUCAAUGUGUUCAACCUAUUUGCGUGCCAGAAAGUUUCGAAACACCACAAACUGAAAAAUGUAUUGCAGCAGGAUGGGGAACUCUACGCCUAGGGGGAAGUCAACCAGAAGUACUUCAGAAAGUAGAUUUGAAAGUUUAUUUAUCUGCUGUUUGUGCUGCGAGGUUUAAUGAAGCGUCAACAGUUGUAACUCCAGCUGUAAUGUGUGCUGACAAUGAUGGUUUAGGAGGCAAAGACGCUUGUCAGGGUGAUUCUGGAGGACCACUUAUGUGUGUUGUGAAUGGAAAGUAUUCAUUGAUGGGAAUAGUAUCAAGUGGUAGAGGUUGCGCUGAUGCAGGACAAGCGGGAUUCUACACUUUUGUUCCAUAUUUCCGAGAUUGGCUCAACGCUCAAAUAUUUUAA